GGUUGGACCGUAGUCCGUGAUCCGGUCUAAAAGAGAAAGCAACGUCGGGUCGUCGGCAAACUGACAAAAUCAUAACCCCUAAAUCUAAUCCUUCUCUGUUUCUUCUCCCAGCUCUUCGCGCGUUGUUCUUCCGUAGGUUCCAAUCCAGCGAAAAUGCAGGCCAGCGAUAGGUUUAACAUCAACUCCCAGCUCGAACAUCUCCAGGCCAAGUACGUCGGCACCGGCCAUGCCGAUAUGAACAGAUUCGAGUGGGCGGUGAACAUUCAGCGAGAUAGCUAUGCUUCUUAUGUUGGCCACUACCCAAUGCUGGCUUACUUUGCUGUUGCUGAGAACGAGUCCAUUGGAAGAGAGCGCUACAACUUCAUGCAGAAAAUGCUUCUGCCCUGUGGCCUACCACCUGAAAGAGAAGAUGAAUGAAUCUUGGUUAGAUGCCUGGAUGGAAGGAGCCCCACCUCCAAGUUUAAGAUCCAGCAAUUCCAUCCUAUGAGUGCUUGGCUCGUAUGUUCAACGGGAUGAGUAAAUGUCCGAUGCCAGUAAAUCGAAACGUGUGACUUGUUAGAUUCAUUCCUAGUGACAGAAGAGAAGACUUUUAUGUAAUAGCAACUGUUCUCAGUACAGUUCUGUAAAACUGCAUUCUUGUUCGGUUUAACCAGCUUUGCUGUCUCGGUUAAUGUUUGGCAAAAUGUACCCAAUGUUCGAAAGAUAACAAAAAGGGUGGAGUUUUGGGUUUAACGCCUGUAAUCUACUCCUGGUAAAGAGUUGGAUCCAAGUUCUCAGGUG